GCGACUGAAUCCAGCUGUAUCCAGUGUUUUCACUCGCUGCCAGGCAAACGCGCUGGGAGGUUGCUGGAGGCUUUCUUUUUCCAACAUGCAGAAACUGAAAGACAAGGUCGCCUUGGUUACUGGCGCAUCGUCGGGGAUUGGGGAAGCAACAGCACUGCACUUCGCCUCCCUAGGGUCUUGGCUGUCCCUGACGGCGAGAAAUUUGACAGAACUUCAGAGAGUCGCCCAAGAAUGCCAUGCCAAAGGAGUGCCGGAAGAAAAAGUUCUGGUGACAACAGGGAACGUGUUGCAUGAAGAGGAUGUGGCUGCUGUUGUUCAGAAGACCAUACAGAAGUUCGGCCGAAUCGACAUUCUCGUGAAUAACGCCGGCAUUUACUUGGAAGGAUCGACGGACAGUCCUUCGCUUGACAACUAUGACCAGCUGAUGAACGUCAACUUGCGAGGCCCCAUACAAGUAUUAAGAUACGCCUUGCCAUACUUACGGCAGGUUAAAGGUAACGUUGUCAACGUGUCCAGCGUAGUGUCGCUGAGGGCGGCACACGGUGGGAUGUUUUACAACAUCAGCAAGGCUGGCCUGGAUCAAUUAACCAAAUGCACGGCCCUUGAAAAUGCGCAGUAUGGAGUACGUGUGAAUUCUGUGAACCCUGGUGUGAUUGCUACUAAUAUGGGCAGGAGACCCGGCGAAAGCAAAGAGGAUCAUUUUCAGCGCCAGAGCAAGGCUAUGGCUCAUGCCCAUCUCCUGGGUCGUCUUGGCACCAUGGAUGAAGUAGCGCGUGCCAUUGCAUUCCUGGCCUCAGACGACGCGUCUUUCAUCACAGGGCACGCCUUGCCGGUGGACGGGGGGCAUCUGCUCAUGACGCCUCUGGACAUUACGCCGCCAGACCCGUUGAAACAGCGAGAGCAUUAGGCAGUUUUAGUUGUGCGCCGCUUACGCUACGCUCCGCUCCGAGUUCCCGCACUAAGCUACUGCAGAGAACCGCAAACGAUCAGACCUCUCUCUCCCUCUCUCUUUGUAUAUAUAUAUAUAUAUAUAUAUAUAGGCCGACUCUUCUUUCUUAGAGGACACCUUUGCCUGGCGUCACUUGGCAUAGCGCAUAAUUUUUCAAUCACUCCUUGCGUUAGGCCAACAUUAUUUGGUUUCCUUUCACUAAUGAACUUGUUAACAGACUGCUGGGUGUCAAUAGAAAGGCAUUAAGGUUUAUCUUUGACAAAAAGAAGCAAACUGACUCAGAAACUGCUAUAUUAAAGCAAGCUGGUAUGCUAACCUUUCGAAAUCGAGCAAAACCAGCACGUCCUAAGUUUUUAUAUCAGUUAUUCUAUGGCAAAAUAAACAGUGGAACUUCUAAAAUUAUCUCUUUUCAUGUACAAGAUCUACGCCUAAUAAACAUCCUCAUACCCUUGUUGAACACAGGCACAUGUGAGAGUCUUUGAAAUACUCAUAUUUUAAUCCAGCAAUCAUAAGGCGGAACCGUCUGGACCAUUCAGUCACGAGGAGCCUUAGAAAACUUUAGAAAACGUUCCACUAUUGUUCGAGGAAACAAUGCAUGCAAAGCGGUUCAUCAUUAACAUUGCAUCUUAUUUUCUACAUUUUCGGCGGAAUUAUGUUCUCUAUAGUGUAAUUUUGCGUUUGUGUCUCAAAAGAUAUGCUACCUUUCUUUUUGUUGUAUUACUUUUGUUUUCGUUGCGUUUACUACUGUGUUACAUGUACUUACAUUCUUCUUAUUCGCCAGAGUUGACUUGAUGUAUAAUUUUUGUAGCACUCAAUUGCAAUGUGCUUCACAUACCUGUCUUAUGUCUCUUUUACACUGUGCUCAUCUGUGGGCCCUCCCGUCUAACACCUCUUCGGACAUUCCAAUUAGACACACGGAAAUUUGUUUCGCCGUACCAUCCACAAACCGGACUGCGUGAAUAUAUAUUGCGAAUUACUAUUACAAUACGUGGAAGAGCCUAGAAAUGCAUAUGCCACUUAUAUAAAUAAACAUAGACCCAUUUAUCAAUCUGAAUGGUGAGCAAGGAGUGUCCGAAAGAUUAUUUGAGUUAAGAAUAAUUGCUGGCAAUAUAUAAAAUCUCAGUUGAUACAGGGAGACGAGGCAAUGAUUGCUUCACCGAGGUUUCUGAUCGCGCCCAGUAGCAGCAGUACAGCGUACACCAAAAAUGUACAUUUGCUACAAACAAUUUGAAUAAUAAAAAAAAUUAUAUUUGA